AUGGCAACCAUAGGUGAAAGUAAGUCUGCACGCAAGCAUGUUGGGACGGCUCCCGGCGUCUUGGCUUCAGACGUCAAUGAAGGGGAGCAUGAAUUCUUUAUUGCGAUAGAAAAGCUUCAAAAUGUUGGUAUUAACGCUGCCGACAUCACCAAGCUGCGGCUUGCUGGAUAUUGCACCGUUCUUUCGGUUAUUCAAACGACAAAAAAGGAUUUGGCUCUGGUGAAAGGCCUUUCAGAGGCAAAAGUUGAAAAAAUUAUUGAGGCGGCAACAAAGCUGGAGCUUUGUAACUCCUUCAUCAGUGGGGGAGAGCUGGUGAUACGAAGAGCUAAAGUUGUUAAAAUCACAACAGGAUCAUCUCAGCUAGAUCAGCUGAUCGGUGGUGGCAUUGAAACGAUGUCCAUAACUGAAAUAUUCGGCGAAAACCGAUGUGGGAAAACUCAGAUAUGUCAUACGCUUUGUGUAACCGCUCAGCUUCCAAAGGAAAUGAACGGCGGAUGUGGGAAAGUCUGCUACGUUGACACAGAGGCUACGUUUCGCCCAGAGAAGAUUUGUGCGAUUGCCGAGCGUUUUGGCCUUGAUGGGGCGGGAGUGCUUGAUAACAUAAUGUACGCAAGGGCAUACACGACAGAACACAUGCAUCAGCUUCUUACUGUUGCAGCUGCUAAGAUGAGCGAGGAAAAAUUCGCAAUCAUAAUCGUGGAUUCCAUUAUUGCCCUCUUUCGUGUCGACUUCUGCGGGCGUGGAGAGCUUGCAGACAGGCAGCAGAAAUUGAACAAAAUGCUCAGCUCAUUGAUCAAGAUUUCAGAACAGUACAAUGUUGCUGUUGUAGUAACCAACCAGGUUAUGUCUGACCCAGCAGGGGGCCUAACGUUUGUUGCAAACCCCACCAAACCAGUUGGAGGCCAUGUGUUGGGCCACGCCUCGACGACUCGGCUUUCCUUGCGAAAGGGAAAAGGCGAGCAACGAAUUUGCAAAGUCUACGACGCGCCAAACCUACCCGAGUCUGAGUGCAUAUUUCAGCUGACGACACAAGGCAUUUCGGAUGUAAUGGAGUAA